CUUAACAGAGAAGAAAGUAUUCUGAAGUUCUUUGAGAUCCUCUCCCCAGUGUACAGAUUUGAUAAAGAAUGCUUCAAGUGUGCUCUGGGUUCAAGCUGGAUUAUUUCGGUGGAACUGGCAAUUGGCCCAGAAGAAGGAAUCAGUUACCUCACGGACAAGGGCUGCAACCCCACACAUCUGGCCGACUUCAAUCAAGUGCAGACCAUUCAGUAUUCGAACAGCGAAGACAAGGACCGGAAAGGGAUGCUACAGCUGAAAAUUGCCGGUGCCCCCGAGCCUCUGACAGUGACAGCGCCAUCCCUAACCAUCGCCGAGAAUAUGGCUGACUUGAUAGAUGGGUACUGCCGGCUGGUGAACGGGGCCACACAGUCUUUUAUCAUCAGACCCCAGAAAGAAGGUGAACGGGCGUUGCCAUCAAUACCAAAGCUGACCAACAGCGAGAAGCAAGGCAUGCGGACACACGCGGUCUCCGUGUCAGGAGUCAGUCCCUGCCAGCAUAAAGUUAAGAAAGCUAGGCGCCUUCUCCCUUUGGUCUUCUGUUCCCAUGAGCCUUCUCCUACGGAUGAAAUUAGUGGGGACGAAACAGAUGAUUAUGCUGAGAUUAUAGACGAAGAAGAUACCUACACCAUGCCCUCAACCAGGGAUUAUGAGAUUCAGAGAGAAAGAAUCGAGCUUGGACGGUGCAUUGGGGAAGGCCAGUUUGGAGACGUCCAUCAAGGCAUCUAUAUGAGCCCAGAGAAUCCAGCUUUGGCGGUUGCAAUUAAAACAUGUAAAAACUGUACUUCGGACAGCGUGAGAGAGAAAUUCCUUCAAGAAGCCUUAACAAUGCGUCAGUUUGACCACCCUCACAUCGUGAAGCUGAUUGGUGUCAUCACGGAGAACCCUGUCUGGAUAAUCAUGGAGCUGUGCACGCUGGGAGAGCUGAGGUCAUUUCUGCAAGUGAGGAAGUACAGUUUGGACCUAGCGUCUUUGAUCCUAUAUGCCUAUCAGCUUAGUACAGCUCUCGCGUAUCUGGAGAGCAAAAGAUUUGUGCACAGGGACAUUGCUGCUCGGAAUGUUCUGGUGUCCUCUAAUGAUUGCGUAAAACUAGGAGACUUUGGAUUAUCCCGAUAUAUGGAAGACAGUACUUAUUACAAAGCUUCCAAAGGAAAAUUGCCAAUUAAGUGGAUGGCUCCAGAGUCCAUCAAUUUUCGACGUUUUACCUCAGCUAGUGAUGUAUGGAUGUUUGGUGUAUGUAUGUGGGAGAUACUGAUGCAUGGUGUGAAGCCUUUUCAAGGAGUGAAGAACAAUGAUGUGAUCGGUCGAAUUGAGAAUGGGGAGAGAUUACCAAUGCCUCCAAAUUGCCCUCCUACCCUCUACAGCCUUAUGACGAAAUGCUGGGCCUAUGACCCCAGCAGGCGGCCCCGGUUCACUGAGCUCAAAGCUCAGCUCAGCACAAUCCUGGAGGAGGAGAAGGUUCAGCAAGAAGAACGGAUGAGGAUGGAGUCCAGAAGACAGGUCACAGUGUCCUGGGACUCCGGAGGGUCCGACGAAGCGCCACCCAAGCCCAGCAGACCCGGUUACCCGAGUCCAAGGUCCAGUGAAGGAUUUUAUCCCAGCCCACAGCACAUGGUACAAACCAAUCAUUACCAGGUCUCUGGCUAUCCUGGUUCACAUGGGAUCACGGCCAUGGCUGGCAGCAUCUACCCGGGUCAGGCAACUCUUUUGGACCAGACGGAUUCCUGGAAUCAUAGACCGCAGGAGAUAUCAAUGUGGCAGCCCAGCGUGGAGGACUCCGCUGCGCUGGACCUGCGUGGGAUCGGGCAGGUGUUGCCGACCCACCUGAUGGAAGAGCGGCUGAUCCGGCAGCAGCAGGAGAUGGAAGAAGAUCAGCGCUGGCUAGAAAAAGAGGAGAGAUUCCUGAAACCUGACGUGCGGCCCUCUCGAGGCAGUAUGGACAGGGAGGAUGGAAGUCUCCAGGGCCCGACUGGAAACCAACACAUAUAUCAGCCUGUGGGGAAACCAGAUCCUGCAGCCCCGCCAAAGAAACCGCCGCGGCCUGGGGCCCCUGGUCACCUGGGCAGCCUCGCCAGCCUCAGCAGCCCCGGGGACAGCUACAACGAGGGCGUCAAGCCAUGGAGGCUUCAGCCCCAGGAAAUCAGCCCCCCGCCCACUGCCAACCUGGACCGGUCCAACGACAGGGUGUAUGAGAAUGUGACGGGCCUGGUGAAGGCUGUCAUCGAGAUGUCCAGCAAGAUCCAGCCAGCCCCGCCAGAGGAGUACGUUCCCAUGGUGAAGGAAGUCGGCCUGGCCCUGCGGACGUUACUGGCCACUGUGGACGAGACCCUCCCGGUCCUGCCAGCCAGCACUCACCGAGAGGUAGGACAUGGCGCCCCUUCCUGCGCAGACAGUGCGACGGGACGCGCCCCGGGCAGGGGCUGUGAUGCCCCCGCUGCUCUGAGGUCAAGACCUUCCAGCCAGGGAGGCCCGUGGGAGCGGCACCCACUGGGGCUAGUUAGAUCCCACGCCUUCGCUGCCAGCUCCUGAGCCGGGGGGUCGGGG